UGCGCGUACAGUCGAGUGAAAGUGGGAUUUUGUUUUCUAUCCGUUCGUCAGUGACAAACGCGCCGUGCUCGCGAACACGCCGUUCAGCGAUGAUGAUGCCACUUGUUGUGCGCGGUUAACGGCAUCGACGGCUCGCGACAGACGCACGCGAGGCAAGAUCCGUUCGAUGGGUCGCGCGCGAUGAGCUGACGAGUCGAGGAUCGUAUCGCGCGCGCGAGUACACGCUAGCAUACGGAAUAUUGCGAAGGGAUGUCGCUAGUGCGACGCGCAACCUCGCGCAGCCAGGUCCUCCUUUUGCGCCUGCUGCUCCUGUGCACGCUCGUCGUCUCUGCUCGUCCAGAAGAAACGAUUCAAUCUUGGGACACACUUUCGCAACUGAUUCCAACGAAUUUAGUGUAUGAGAAGCAAGAUCGAAAUGCAUCUCCGCCGAGCAAUGAGGCUGAUGCAUCGUUGGGCCAUUCGCUGGACGAGAACAACGUUAUGGAUAUAUCGAAAUCGAAGGGAGGAGGAGGCGACGAGGAGAAAGAACUUAACGAGGAGGAAGAACCUAAGUUAACGUUUAACACUGAAACUACUGAAGAAGAAUAUGAUGAUGAAGAUAAGCAAGGGGAGGAGGAGGAGGAGGAGGAGGAGGAGAAGGAAGAGGAAGAGGAGGAGGAAGAAGACUCCUCGCUUAGUGUAGGGCAAAAGAAAUCUCCGAUGGCAGCUAGCGCAUCAGAUACUGAAGCGGUGGACAAUUCCAGAGAUGAAGAUUAUUUUGAAGACCCCUCGACAAAUCAAUAUGACAAUACAUAUUACUAUUACGACGAGUACGAGAAUGGGAAUCGUUCCAGAUACAAGGCUGUAGAUGGGGAGAAUCUCGAUUAUCCAGACGCAGAAUCAGAGGACGAGGAUGUUACGUUAGAGGGUUGGAAAGAUUCGGGGUCAGAGCACGAGACGCUAGAAAAGAGGGACGAAGACAAUCUUUACAAAUCAUCGACCGCGUCGUUGCACAUCCUCGAGGAGGGAGACAGCGAUCUGUUAACGGCGACGGAUCUGGAGCAAGGUUCGUCCAUGGAGGGUAGCGACAAGAGCUUCGCUUUCCUCGAUUCCAAAGAGAAGGAAAAGUUGGACAACACCACUGUUGACAGUUCCAUCUUGAUAGGCGAGGCAGUGGUUUCCGUCGUGACCACAAAAAGCGUAGUGAACGGCACGAUAUCGGUACCGACGACAUCCUCGCCGAGCACUACCGAGCAAGUCGCGCCACCACCCUCGUCGGAACAGCCCAUAGCAGAGGUAAGCACGGAGGUAACCACGGAGGAUUCGUCGAGGAUCCUGGCUUCCGUACAAACUAGCCGCAGCGUAUCGGGCGCGCGCUUUCUGCCGUUUCCCGCCGUGAUAGAUCGUGUAGAGCAAGUAAAGCAGAUUGAGCACAGCGGAUCACCCGACGGCAGGAAAACGUCUCAAUCGAUGUCCGAGUCCACGGAGAGUAUCAUCGAUAAGCUCGACUGGGCACAGUCUAGACUAUCCGGUGAUCUCGUACCGGCUGCUAUACUCAGCGGAGGUUUCCGAAGCGCCGGCAAUACGCUUCAGCUGGACGUGCUAGCUGAAAGAGAACGCACGACCCGCGCGAAAUUUACCACUACUACGGCUAGAACACAUGUCAUCGGCAAGUUUGUACCGCGGCGUUACAGUGACAAAAGACUGAAUCACACCAGCACCACGGCGAAGCCACUAUUGGAGACUACGCUCGAUAAUCUGGAAGGCUUGCUGCCCCGAAAUUACGUGUCAAGAGGAACUACACCAAGUGCGGGGUCUUCCAAAAUCAAUUUCAGAUGGCCUUCCUCGAGGCAAACGGAAACUACGGUGACAAUAUCGACGACACCAUCGACGACGAAAUCUACAGUUGCUUUUGUCGUUCAAGACAUUAGCGCAUUUUUACCGCCAGGAUACAAGCUGAAGAAAGCAGAUACAGCUGUUACGGAGAGUUCCGUCCUGAACGAUAUUCUCGCCAAGUCCAAGGUCGACAUCUCCUCCCUCUUGCCUGCCAACUAUGACAAGCGCAAAAUUCAGGCGGAGCAAGACACUAAGUUGGAGAGUACCACAAUGACGACGACUACAACGGCAAAAAGUAACACUUCCUUGGAGAAGGUUGCCUUGUCCAUCCAAGAUCUCUUCGCAUCUUCCAAAGUUGACAUCUCCGCUUUGUUACCAAAGGAUUACAAGGUUGAAAAGAAAACAGCGCCCACUUUAGAUGGUAAAGCUAGCAGCAUCGAGCGAAAUACGACGGAACGGACCGACGUAGACUCGCCUACUACGAAGAAAACCAGUGGCUUAAAGAUUGUAUUUCCUAGCAGACCAGGUGGUCGUAAACCGAUCCACAAAAUAACCACCCCGCAGACUCCGCGCGGAGAUGGUCCAGGUGCAGUGACGCCAAAAAUACAAAAGGGAUGGCCGAUUAGAGCUACCACAGAGUUCACUGGGUGGCCGACUCCAUCCACUACACCGAUCUCUAUCGAAAAGUUGCUGGAAGCUGCACGGACAGCUACGGUAACGUCCGCGAACGUGUCACUUAUUCCCAGCACGAAUGAGAUCUCGAGCACAUCGUCCACGUCGUCGACGACAACGACGACACCAAGACCAACGACUCCUGGCAUGUGCGACGAGGAAUGUGAAGUGGCGGGCACGAUACGUAUUAUCGGGAAUGCCACAUGGCUACCGGAAUUAUUGGAUCGAAAUACUCGCGAGUGGCAGGAGCUCGCGAACCAAGUGGAACGAGAGAUGAACUUUAUAUUCUCGAAAUCGACCGUUUUAACAAAAUGGUACAAAAAUAUAAGAAUCGACUCCUUCAGUCAAGGUAGCAUCCUGGUAGACUACUUUGUCGAAUUAGCCAACUUACAGCAAAAAGUCAACACGCAAGAGCUGAAAGUCAUUUUCCACGAUUCGCUCAGAACGUACAAUAGCAAUCGGUGGAACGAGACGAGCACAAAGGGCGCGUUACGGAUGGGAGUCUUCACUAUCGAUCCUAAAUACACAGAUUUCGUAGUAAUACCUAAAGUGAACACGCCGCAGUACAUCGAAAAAGAUGAUAGGUUGAUACCUCAAUGGGCCAUUGCAGUAAUAGUGAUAGGUGUUGGAGGUUUAUUAUUCAUCAUCGUGUUUGGUGUGUCUGUGCUCGUCAAUAGACAAAAUGGCGCGAAACUGAAACCAGCCAUGUCCACGAUUUACGAAGAGGAAGUAGCUAAACACACAUCCAGCCACAGAUCAAACGAUUACUCGAAACCAGUACACACGAUAUGGACCGAUCCCGAUGUCUCUUGGAAUGAUAAAUCGUUCGAGUCUACAUCUAACAAGAUCUUGGUUGACAAGCCUUUCCAGGAUGGUAAAAAGUAUAAUUUAUACGAUAGUUGGCGAUCCGAAUGGAAUGGUUAUUAUUACAAUCCAUCGCACACCAGCAGCAAAUAUGGCGGUUACGACAGUACCACAAACUUGUCGAGCCGUCACCAUCCCGAUUACGACACAAACUUCUAAAUUUCACAACAAUAAACUGCAAUUUUUCCAACCAA